CGUGUCUCUCACUUCUGGCACGCCUUGCUCUGGGCUUCAGUCGGGCUGGCCAGAAGGACCAGCUGGGCCACUCGAUCGAUGCGCUGCGGCGCUUCCUGAUCCUGCUGAGCGCGGCCCGUCGCAAGCACCAGUGGGACCUUGGCGAGCUGGCUCUGACUCGAGCGCUGGCCAUCUGUAAGUCGCCUCGAGCGCUCACGCUGCGCCGCGCUGACUGCAGCGCCGGACACAGUGCCGCAGCUCGAGCUGCGCAUACCCAACUUCCCGCGCAUGACGAGCCUCAUCUCGACGACGCCGCCGCAGCCGACGGUGCCGAUGGCCACGAGUGCGGAUCUGCAGGGCAUCCCGGCCGAUGCGCUGCAGUCGCUUGGCGGCGGCCAGUUCUACGACGAGACGGCCGCCACGCUGGCCGCGCUGGGCGGCAUGAGCGGCGACGCCUUCCACGCCUCGCUGCAGGGCGGCCAGCAGGGCCAGCACGCGCAGCACGCACAGCAUACCCCGCACUCCCAGCACCAGCACGCCGUGCAAGCGCAGCAGCGACAGCAGCAGCACCCGCAGCACCAGCAUCACCAGCAGCAGCAGCAGCCCUUCGGCGCCGCGUCGGGCCAGCACGCCUUCAAUGCGCCGCACAUCUUCCCGACCUCCACGCCCGGCGACGCCUUCUUCGGCCUGCAGGGCGGCGAGAUCAUGGACGCCUCGGGCGGCGCCGAUGCGUAUGCCUCGCUCGGCGCCAGUGCGGGCCCGGCGCUCAUGCUUGCCGACGACUGGAUGCAGCUCGGCCUCGGCGGGCCGGGCAGCAACGUGAUGCAGAGCUCGAUGUGGCCCGGCGGCAAUGCAUGAGGCCCUCUGUGCUCUUUCUUCCAUACCCGCGCGGUUGCUGCCUCGAUAACCUCAUGGUGGCCUCGAUGCUUCGUGCGCGCGCACUUGCAGAGUGCGGCUGUGCCGCGCUUGAGUUGGACAGGAAUAGCAUCUCACGAA